UUUAAUUGUUGUCGUUUAUGGUUUCUUUCGAUCGUGUUCUUGUCAGUAUUCUUCCUGUGUGAAGGUGUUCAACCCUCCUCGCGCGCGACUCUUUUUGGCUGUCUUCCCGCGUUUUUGUUUGUGUUCAUUUGUCCUGUUUGAUGGUGGUGAGCCAGACUCUGGAGAUUAGGGUUUUCCGCUGUAUUGUGUUCCUAAAUACGACCCAACAUUUACGCACGGCCUUGAUUGCGCCUACCGUUUGUGUCCAGUGUUUUUCUCUCAGACAAAGCAGUACUUUCCCCUGGUCUAGAACAUCAGAGAUUUCCUCCAGAACAUGGUCGCCGAAGACGAUUAUGGAUGAAGACGAAUGUAACUUUUGGGCUAGGCUAAUUUUUGACUGCUCGUGGCCCUCGCAGGACAACAGCCAGGCUGCAGGACACCACGGGAGAAAUGAAGGUGUAUGUCUGUAUUUACCAAAGCACUUUCUACAUGGGUGUCUCUUGCCUUCUGUGUGUAUUGUAGUGCUGUUGUCAUUUGUAGAGCGCAGGAGGAAGAUUUACCGUUUCGAGGAGCGUUUCCCAUACCUCCGUGGCCGGUUUGGGGUUGUCGUGCCCUUGGACUUCACUGGUACACAGAGAAACCGAUGGUCAUACGCAUUUGCCUUCGGAGCUGCAGCGGACACGAUGGUCCAUCUGUUGACUGGAUUAAUUCUUCCAUUUUCAGCCCCCAAAUGGAUUAUAACUUUUGUGUACUUGCUGGCUGCACUGGAGGUGGGCGUGGCUUAUCUGCCCUUCUUCGCCUGUCUGUCAACACCACACAGAUGUCUGGGAGGAGUUUUGGGUCUGAUCUACACACUCAUGUGGUUGACAGUGAAAGCCUUUUAUUACAUCAGCUGUUGGGACACACUUAGCACCCAAUAUGAGAGCUUUGGGUUUUCCACGCAUUACGAGUGGGUAUACGCAUGGCCAAGCAUCCUGUGUUUGGGUCUCCUCAUUGGCCAGUUUGGAUUCAUGAUAGUGAAGAACUGCCAACAGAAACUCAACAAUCAGUGGGAGAAGGAGAUACUUGUUCAGUCUCAUCAGUUCCAGUAUGUACAAACACUACUGAGACGAUCUGAAGGGUUGAUGAAGAAGAGCUGGUUCAGGAGGAAAGUGUAUGACUGGGAUCCUUAUUUCAAAUUUCCCAACAGGAUGAUCGGCACGGCCGUCAUCUCCCUCAUCGGACUCUACUUGUUUAUUUUAACCGAGCAGAUUCUGUCCUCUAAAGGGAUCUUCUGGGUCUCCCGCAGUGCAUCUGGCAAACACCUGAAUUAUUUUGCAAAUACCUGGUACGUCACCACGUCUCUGGCCGCAUUGUCGUCCGUGGCUCAUAUCAGCCAUGUGCUGGUGUGUUACAGGAAGCACAUCAAGAGGCUGUGGGCUGGAAACAGGAGCUUCUUGCCGGAAAAGUACCGCACGCUGAACUCUGCUGUUAGCAUGGCUGCUCUUGCAAGGUACCCUGGCUGUCAGAUUGCCUUCGUGCUGUGGGGUUAUCUGAUUGUGCACUUUGUGCUGUUUAUUUUUGGGAUGGUGUUGGUUUAUCUGGUUAUUUGGAAAAUCGAAUUAAAUGGAUUUCUGCAAUGGCUGAAAGACCUGGUCAUUUUUCUGUCGAAUUUCAUCAUCAUGAUGGGGCUGUUGAUGAUGCAGGUCCUGCUGGUUCGAUUUUUCUUCCUGCAGGACAAACUGUCACCUGAGGACCAGCAGAAGCCCCUGGCUCUCAACAACAGGAAAGCUUUCCACAACUUUAAUUACUUCUUCUUCUUCUACAACGUGAUCUUGGGUGUGGGGAGUUGCGUCUUACGACUGUUCGCCAACAGCUUCGUGGGUUUGCUGUUGGUGUCACGCAUCGACAGGACCAUCAUGCCACGUGGCUACGAGCUCAUGGACAAGGGCUACCAUACAUGGAUAGGGAUGAUAAUGGCAGAUCAUUACCACAGCAACCCUAUUACGGUUUGUUUCUGCCACCUGUUGCUCAUGCGGACUUUGGAGAGAGAGAGAGAAUCUGAUCUUUGGCCCUGCUUUAACAGUACCUCAGGCAGUCCAGUAGUGGGCAGAGCGCGCGCUCGCUGGCUUCUCGUCUACACUCUGCUGAGGAACCCCAAACUCGUCCUACUGAGGAACAGACAAAAAUGCAACCAUGACAACCAGGAAGAGUUGUUGCAGUAGAUUGGGAAAGGGUGGGAUCAUCUGCACUUUAUGAAAAUGAAUCUUUCAAACCCAGUGCAGUCACCCAAUCAAAGAACAGAUCGUGUUUGAAAGAACAAAGUUUUCUACAAGUGUAUGUAUGAAACAUUAGUGUGUGUAUGAAACAGUAGUGUGUGUAUGAAAUAUUUGUGUAUGUAUGAAACAUUACUUCCACUAAUGUCAGUGUGGAAGAAACACUUACAUUAGCUAGGUUUCUUAGAUCUAGUUUCCCCCUCUUUUACAAUUCCUUUUUUAUCCUUUGUAAUGAUAUAUAGAAACAGACACAUUCUGCAUGGAGGACAUUUUCAGAAAUUGUUCGUGUCCAAUGCGCUGAAAGUCAUCUGAAUAAAAUUUUAUUAAUAAAAUGUUUACAGGCCUAUCGAUUAAAAUCACAAUGUCCUCUCUCAUUAAAAUAUCCAUUAUGCUAUAAGGAUAGCGAUUCAAUAUUUCUGUAUUUAUAUGCACAACUCUUCUCCCUCAAAAUUCUGAAAACCAAGCAGUCAAUACCUUUAAGUAGAAUUUAAUUAUGCAAAGAGCUGAAUUUUAGCAGAGUGCCUUGUCCUCCUUCCCCAGAGGAAGACCAGACUGGCCUGGUGUGAACAGGCACAGCCGCAUUAGGACAGUAUUAAUGCACUGAAGUGUCUUCGGAGUUAGAAGUUCGAAUUUUUUAUUGUCUUUUAUCUUUUAUCUAUAUUGUGCUCUGUGCAAGAUCUUUUCUUACCAUUUGCACCUUUCUUUUAAUGUACCUGUUUUAAAAUUUUCAUUUUAUUUCCUUACAUUAACCUUAGUUUUCUAUUUUAAUCAAAUAUAUUUUACUUUAUUUUAAUACAUUGUUUUUUGUAACCAUUUCAUUUUUGGCAAAAACCUUCCCAAGGUGUUAGAUCUCAGGAUGACAAGGGUUAUUAUUCUUCUAUGCAAUCUUUAUUUUCAGUAAAACACUUUGCUUGUUUAUUAUUAUAUUAUUAUUAUUAUUAUUAUUAUUAUUAUUAUAU